AUGCAGCCUGUCUCUGACGAGACCCAAGAAACAGCCAUGAGCGACAUUGACAAGAUGGCAUCUGUUCACAAGUCCGAUCAUGUCGAAGAGGCCAGCGAGACCAAGGUCGCCCUUGAGAUCGACACGAUUCACAAGGAUGAGGCCAUGAAGGUGUUGGCCACCUACACGGGUGAUGAGACGUGGACGGACAAGGAAGCAAAGAAGCUUCGACGAAAAAUCGACUGGAAGUUGAUGCCAGUCUUGUGUGUUACCUAUCUACUUCAGUAUUACGACAAAGCUAUGCUGUCACAGGCGGCUCUUUUUGGUCUUCGGACUGACCUUGACUUGCUGGUCGGCGAUCGAUACUCAAUGUCGGCUUCUAUUUUCUACCUCGGGUUCAUCCUCGGUGCAUACCCGGCGAUGAUGCUUGCCCAGAGGUUUCCUAUUGAACGCGUGGCGUGCAUAAUUGUAACUCUCUGGGGUCUCUGCCUCAUUCUUACAACUGUCUGUAAAGACUAUCGCGGUAUCUUUGCUCAGCGAUUCUUCCUCGGCUUUCUUGAAGCCGGUAUCAGUCCCAUGUUUAUGAUGAUUGUGGGAAGCUGGUACAAAAAAGAUGAACAAGCUAUGAGGAUGGGAAUCUGGUAUAGUUGCACUGGCUACGCCUCCAUCGUGUCACCCUUGGUCAACUACGGGUUCGGUCUUAUCAACGGUGGCGUUUCGUCCUGGCGAUACAUGUACUACUUCGCCGGCGCGAUAACAAUGGCUUGGGGUGUCGCCUUGUGGUGGGUGUUGCCACCGGACCCUAUUCGAGCAAAAGGUUUCAACGAGCGAGAGCGUUACAUUCUCGUUGCACGUCUGAGAUCCAACAACUCCGGUGUGCGAAACACUCAUCUGAAGGGGUCACAGAUUCUAGAGCUUGUCUUGGAUAUCAAGUUCUGGCUCAUUUUUGCUAUCGCCUUCUUGUCAAUGAUUGCUAACGGCCCAAUCUCGACCUUUGUUCCCAUCAUUGUCAACGGCUUUGGGUACAGUGGCUUGCAGGCCCUGCUUUUGCUCUUGCCUUGCGGUGCAUAUGCUGGCACUGCCGACCUGGUCUUGACAUGGCUGGCAUACAAGUUCCCAAACAUCAGAAGUUACCUAGUAUUCCUAGCCCAGAUGGGUACUACAUUGGCUGCUUUACUCCUGUGGUUGCUACCUCUCUCUGCCAAGGGCGGUCUUCUAUUCGCAACAUUCAUUCUGCCAUCCAUCGGUGCCGGUUAUGCCGUUUUGAUGGGCUUGCAAAUUGCCAAUACAGCUGGAUACACCAAACGAUCUGUCGCUUCAUCCGGUAUCUACAUCGGAUACUGUCUUGGAAAUUUUGUCGGCCCUCUUAUUUUCCGCAAGGAGGAUGCCCCAAGAUACUACCCGGGCUUCAUCAUCGUAGUCGUUACGUCCCUUGUCGCAGGUGUACUUGCCAUUGUGUACCGCUUGGUGUGCAUGUGGGAUAAUCACCGACGUAACAAGUCUGGCACCACUGAAGGUUUUGACAAUGCUUAUGAUGAUGACUUGACGGAUUUGAAGAAUCCUCAGUUCAGAUACAUUCUGUGA